AUGCCUUCUAAACGCAAGGUACCUGCGGGAGUUCCUGAUGCUUUUCACGCUUCGCAGAAAUUCAAGCGCAGCCGUGUGAAAACCCAACUAGGAGCCUCUAAGCAGAGUUUCCAUCGAUUUUAUCAGAGCGGUACUAGUAAUACAACCGUCUCCUUUGCCCAAGCCAAUCUGAAUAAACUCUUCGAUCAUUAUCGAGAUAAUCCAUCUCAAGCCCCGGACAAGAUCGGUAUUGAUGGAGCACAGAUCUACUUGACUGAAAUCGACGUGGAGCUGGACGAAGUUGCCCAUCUCGCCAUUUGCGACUUAGUACAGUGUCCUUCUAUCGGCGAAUUCGAGAGAGCUGGCUUUGUGUCCGGCUGGCGCAAUAUUUCUGGCGACAAAACCUACGACACUAUCUCCCGCCAAUCACAAUAUGUCUCCGUGCUGCGCAAAAAGCUUACAACUGAUGCCGCGUACUUCAAGCAAGUGUAUCGCAAUGCAUUCAAGCUGGCUAAGCCUGAGGGCCAGCGCAGCGUUCCUAUGGAGACGGCGAUUGACUUUUGGCGGAUGUUCUUUCAGGCCGGCAAAGGUGGGGUUGAAUGGGACACUGCUUCGACUAAAUGGCUCGACCUGUGGAUUGAGUUUUACGAGACGCGCAACAAGCGACCUGUUAACAAGGAUUUGUGGAACAUGGUUGGGGAGUUAGUGCUGAAGACCAAAGAGCCCGAGGGAGAGAGCUUGAGCUGGUGGACUGAGGAUGGUGCCUGGCCAAUGGCUGUUGACGACUUCGUGACUUAUGUCAAGGAGAGGCGUAAGACCAAUGGUGACACCAUGGAUAUCAGUUGA